CACUAGGAUCUUCAACUUUUCCAUUCCAAUACGAUACCGUGUGAGACUCUAGCAGACUCUGGCUUAAAUUUUAGCCUGAUUGGAUAUCGAAAAUGGCAGCACCUCGAGCCCUCAUAUCCUCGUUGCGAUGUACAGGCUGCCGAUCGCCCAUCGUCCGGCCUUUUCUUCCAUCUUAUACUGAGCGCGUUCCGCCUCCCCGACGCGAAUUGAGUCGCCUAUUCACUACCUCGAUCCGGAAAAACGUAGAAAUACCAGCGGAAGGCUCUCAUAAUAGCCGCAAUGACACCCCCGAGCCUUCUCCCGACUCGUCUCUCCCGUGGUACCUACAACCCGCCCACCGACAACCUACGCUCCUCACAUCCCCUAUCGCCUCUGCGCCACUCCCCGACCUUCCUUCGAACCCUCCACCACUUCUCGCGCCGCUCCUUUCUCAUAUCAACGAGGGCCUCGGCCUUACGGAUAUCUCAUUGCUCGACCUGCGCCAACACACCUCCAGCAUCUCUCAACUUACCGCCAUCCCCGAGUCGCUGCACCCGCCUACGCUAGGCCCUUCAUUAUUAAUGCUCAUCGCGACCGCUCGGAGUACGCCGCAUCUACACUUGUCCUCUCAGAGAUUGUGUCGCUGGCUGCGGACGGAAUGGAAACUGAGGGCUCGAGCGGAUGGUCUACUGGGUAGAGGAGAGUUGCGGAGAAUCGGGAAGCGGAAGGCGAAGAAGGCAAGGACGUUGGCGAGGAGAGGGUUGAUGGAGAAUGCGAUGGGAGGGGCGAUGGGAGGGAUGGGUGAGGAGGGGAAUAGCUCGGGAUGGGUUUGCGUCUAUGUUCCCGGUGUCAAGGCCGGGGAGUUGGAAGAUGUGACGAAUAUGGAGCCGGAGAACGACCUGACUGAGAUUGAACGGCACGAUGGGUUCGUGGGCUUCGAUGAGACCGAACAAGGAAGUACGGUGGUGGUGCAGGUCAUGACGGAGGCGAAGAGAGCGGAGCUGGAUCUGGAGGGUCUAUGGAGUGGAUGGAUGCACCGUGAGCAGAAGAGAUGGGCUAAGAUUGAUUUUCAAGCGGAGGAAAAGGCCAGAGAGAUAUCUGAAGUGGUCGCUGGGGAUUCGGAUCGAGGCUAUUUCAAACCAAUGGCUUGACGAGCUCAUGGAAUCGCCACACACGUUGCCAACCUCAAGGACCUCGCAGUCUACAAUGGACAAGCCGUUUGGGCUGAACUUUACGAAGCCAUAACCUCUCCCGGCUCCCGGAGGACACUGAUAUAUGUAUGUAUCUGAGUAUUGGGCAUUUAGGCUUCAACCACUUCGCUGCCUUAUCCACUGAAAUCAUCUGCUGGCAUGUGAAUUCCGAUACUUACCUAUCUAUGUAACUAAGAACUUCAUCAAAUGCAUCAUCGACUACGUCAGAGC